CACUAUAUUAUUAUCUGGGAGUGGAGCUUUGGGAUUCCGAUGCCGACCUCUGAGCAUAAUCCCUUGGCCCGAUCGUUCAACCAGGGAGGAUAGCAGUUCGUCUGAUAAGAAUUAAAUAGUUUGUUUCGCCAUUGUUUGGGGACAAUCAAUCGGGGUUUGUUGAACCGGGAUUGGAAGCGGAACCCACUGGGAGUCGGAUCAUCGGGGGAUGGAGUGGAGUGAAGCCCAAACAAGUGACAAAAACGCACGCGGCUGAUCUUGUAUCUAGUAUAUGGUCUAUAGAACGCUUAUAAGUGAGGCGAUCCCCAAUCGACCCUGCGCUAUUGCCUUCCAGCUCUUGACCAGCCGCCAGCAAUUGCUACUACUGUUCCCGCCGUCAAGUGGGAGUGCGCGCGGAGUGGAGUUUGGCUUGGGGCCGGAGAGCUGUUACCAAAAUAUUACCUAGCCUUAUCAGUAGCCGAAAACGACAGUUAAAAAAUAAACCAAAAAAUAAAGCGAAAUAAACAACGCUGAGAUCGGAGACAGAGCCGAGGGCUAGAUCGUCGUAGAUUCACCCACGAAUCAGUGCUGUUCGGCAACGGAGCGGACUGGGACUCGCAUCUUGCGGGUAUUUCUGGGGGGCGCAAACCCGGCGCGAUCUCAAACCGCCGACGACCAGAGAACGGAGCAACAGGCAGGCAGGCAACUCAACCAAUCGCUCGUCCUCCACAAAAGCAGCUAGGAAAAUUCGUACAACUACAAAAUCGAAUAAAAAUCAACGGUCGAGCUGGAUUUGCAUUAAUUGCCAAGUGAAUGUGUGAAGUGAAUGUGAGUGUUGCUAGCUAGUGCGAGGAGAUCGUGUGAAACAUGAGCAUAUAAUUUGACAAGUCAACGGAAUUGAAUCAUUUAGCCAGCGACCACCACAGAAAUCAGUUGUUAAAGUAACACUUUAAAUAUUAAAUAUAAAAAAUCAAAUAAAAUAAUAUAAAAUAUGGAUCAUCAAAGCCUGAGACAAAUUCUUUGGAUUAUGCUGAUCUUCAGUUGCAGCCUACAAGCCUCUUUUGGUGCCACCAACACCACUGAAGAGAACGAGGACUGUCCUUCCUUGUCCAAUGCAGAGAACCUCCAGCAAACGCAGCUCAUUCAACGCUUAACCCAUGUCUGCCGCUACGAUCGCCUUGAAAGGCCCAUAGAAUACGACCCUGUCACAGCAGCUCGCUUACCCACUGUGGUAAAGACCAGGAUCUACGUUUACUUCCUGCAGAAUCUCAACUCUGAUCUGCUGCAGUUUAAGAUGCAUGCUCUUCUACAGCUGAGUUUCCAGGACAAGCGUCUGGCCUACAAGCUCAUCCAGGCCCAGAGAACCGAUCCCAUUCUGGGCCAGAAACAUCUCAGCGAGCGGCUGUGGCUGCCACACAUUUUCUUUGCCAACGAACGCGACUCCAGCAUUCUGGGUACCGAUGAGAAGGAUGUCCUUACCUCACUGGCCCCCGACGGCAAUGUGAUCAUCUCCACCAGGAUGGAGGCCACUCUAUACUGCUGGAUGGACUUUAAAAAGUUUCCCUUUGAUCAGCAGUUUUGCUACACGGUCCUGGAGAGCUGGAUGUACAACACCUCCGAUUUGGUGCUGGAGUGGGAGAAAAGUAACCCCAUCUCCUUUGACCCAGAAAUGCGACUCACCGAGUACAACAUGGCUCAAUACUGGCACAACGAAACCUUGGUCAUGGCGGAUGACAGGAAUCUGCGGCAUGGAGCUUUUGUGGGCAACUACAGUUCCUUGAGCUUCACGGUGAAUCUGAAGCGUGAGAUUGGCUUUUAUUUGCUGGACUAUUAUCUGCCCUCCAUGAUGAUUGUGGCCAUAUCUUGGGUGUCCUUCUGGCUGCAGGCUGAUGCCUCUCCUCCACGCAUAAUGCUGGGAACCAGCACCAUGUUGUCGUUCAUCACUCUCUCCUCAACGCAGAGCAAAACCCUGCCCAAGGUGAGCUACAUCAAGGUCUCGGAGAUCUGGUUCUUGGGCUGCACCUUCUUCAUCUUCGGCAGCAUGGUGGAGUUUGCCUUUGUGAACACAAUUUGGCGUCGCAAGGAGAACAUUGAGCUGAAGAAGGUCAACAGCAAGUACAUCAUCAAGUCAACGCUCACCCCAAGACCGGCACGAAGACAAAUUGGUGGAAGUCUAAGCAACGAUUCCCGGGCCAGAUCCUGCUCCAGCCUGGACAACAUAGUUUCCAGCACGGAGAGUGUGCGGAAUGGCAAUGGCACUGUGAAUCAGGGUUUCAACAAUUACCUCACAGUGCAUCCCAAUUUACCCAUCAUCAAAACCGAGUGCGCCGACACAGUGUCCAUUUGCAGUGAGCGGACGACGGGCAACGAUCAUAUUGUGGACAUGGACAAGGAUAAAAAGGACACGCCGCCCACUUUCACCACCAUGACGCCGCAGGAGAUUGCCAUGUGGAUUGAUCGACGUUCUAGAUUCCUAUUUCCCGCCAUGUUUCUGGCCUUUAACGCCUUGUAUUGGACCUUUGUCUACGUAUUGUAAACCGAAAACAACGUUUUGUUGUUGCCAUUAUUGUGAAAUCUUGUCCAUUUGUGUAGUCCUUUUAUACGCAAAUAUUUAUUCAAUUUUAAGAUGCAUCAUCUCAUAACUGUACAAAAUGUUAAUCAUUAAAAAAAUAAUAAAAAAACAAAAAAUAAAAGAUA